AUGAACGAAGAUAGCGCCCAAACCCCCGAGACUGGAAGCGCCACGCUCAGCAAUGCCGCCCGUGUCGCCGAGGGGCAACGACCACCGAAUUGGGUGCCAAUCAAGGAAGAGUGCGGCUACACCCCGCGCAAGAUUCGAAUGAUCUGCAUCGGAGCCGGCAUCUCUGGACUCACGAUUGCGCAUAAGAUCAAACAUGAUCUAAAAAACAAUGAGUUCCUGGAUUACACGAUUUACGACAAGAAUUCAGAGGUGGGCGGAGUUUGGUUUGAGAAUCGAUACCCUGGUGUUGCCUGUGAUAUCGCCGCCCACACAUAUGUGUUCCGCUUCGAGCCUAACCCUGACUGGUCCCACUUCUAUGUUUCUGGUUCUGAGAUCUAUGAGUAUAUCCAGAAAACCGUGAAAAAGUGGGGACUCGACGAGAAGGUUGAAUUGAACUCGAAAGUGAUCGAGUCAGUGUGGGAUGAGGAAUCCGGAAAAUGGAAGGUGAAGAUCGACCAAAACGGAGUCAUCAAAGAAGACGAGGCAGAUAUUUUGGUCAAUGGCAUCGGACUGGUGAAUGACUGGAAACUGCCCAACAUAAACGGACUGCACGACUUUAAAGGAAAGCUGGUUCACACAGCCACCUGGGACGAAAGUUACGACUGGAAGGGCAAACGAGUGGCGGUUAUAGGGAAUGGAUCGGCUGGUAUCCAGAUUGUCGCUGCAAUGUAUCCGGAGACGUCAAAACUUGUCAACUAUGUUCGCAGUCCCACGUGGUUGACCCCUAACAUCAACGCGGAGAUGACUCGGGAUGGAUCGAAUUUUGCCUAUUCACCUGAGGAACGGGAGAAAUUUAGAAAUGACCCCAAAGCGUUCUUUGAAAUGCGCAAGGAGCUGGAAGACCAUGUGAAUGGUGCUGCAUAUGCAACUCUCAAAGAGCACCCUCUGCAAGACUUUAUGAAAGGAGCAGCAAAGGACAUCAUGGAAGAGAAGUUGAAACAUCUCGACCCAGCCAUCGCGGCACGAAUCAUACCCGAUUUCCCUGCCGGUUGCCGUCGCCUCACACCCGAGAAUGGCUAUCUCGACGCCUUCCGCGAUGAAACAACGGAAAUGUGUUGGGAUCCCAUAGAGCGAAUUACCGAGACCGGAAUUCAGACCAAAGAUGGCAAUGUGGAAGAAUUCGACCUGAUUGUAUGUGCGACUGGCUACAACUCAUCGGGUCGACCUUCCUGGAAGCACGUGGGAAGGAAUGGGCGCACAUUGAGUGGGGAUCUGGAAGCAUUCUUCUCACUUCAGAUCCCCGAUAUGCCCAAUUUCUUCAUGGUUGGCGGUCCCAAUUUCUUGAUCUCACACAGCACGUUGUUCGCUGCCAUUACUUUUGCGUGUGAAUAUGUGGUGAAAUGGACUCAGAAGAUUGCAACGGAAGAUAUUAAAUCACUCGAUGUUAAGAAGGAAUCGGUGGAUGAUUACAAUGUUUGGUCGCAAGAGUUCUUGAAACGUACGGCUUUCUCUGGUGAGUGUACAAGUUGGUACAAGAAUGGUAAGUCGAGAGGAUUUGUGAAUGCGUACGCGGGCACAUCGAGUCAUUUCCGAAAGUCAUUGGAAAGAAUCGGUGGUGAGCAUUUUAACAUACGGUACAACUCGGCGAAUCGCUUCUCGUACUUGGGCAAUGGACAGAUGGAAGAGGAGAAGAAUGGAUUCGGAGACCUGUCCGACUACUUCGUGCAGGGUGUUUGGGGCCCAUAA